GACUGGAGCUCCGGCUUUUACGCACAAGCAGCAGCGGCAGCAGCAGCAGCAGCAGCAGCAGAGUGAAGUGAGCUGAAGCUCAGCUGUGACUCGUCCUGUUUGUGUUCUCACGCCACUGAGGAAUCUCUCACCUAUCUGCAGCAGCAGCAGCAAUCAUGGAUGAAAUGGAGGAAGAGUUAAAAUGUCCAGUUUGCGGCUCGUUUUUCCGGGAGCCCAUCAUACUGCCGUGCUCCCACAACAUUUGCUUGGCUUGUGCUCGGAAUAUCCUGGUACAGACGCCGGACGCGGAGUCUCCACAGAGCAGCCGAGCCUCCGGCUCCGGUGUCUCCGACUAUGAUUACCUGGAUUUGGAUAAAAUGAGCCUGUACAGUGAGGCGGACAGUGGGUAUGGAUCAUACGGAGGCUUCGUGAGCACCCCGACCACUCCUUGCCAAAAAUCACCAAACGGGGUGCGGGUUUUCCCCCCUAGUGUCCCCCAGCCUCCGCCGCAGCAUCACCUGCUACCACAGCCCGGCUCUUUACCCCCGAUUCCGCGCAACUCCUGCAUCACAUGCCCGCAGUGUCACCGCAGUCUCAUCCUGGACGACCGGGGUCUCCGCGGAUUCCCCAAGAACCGGGUGCUCGAGGGCGUUGUGGACCGGUACCAGCAGAGCAAAGCGGCCGCUCUCAAGUGUCAGCUGUGCGAGAAGAGUCCGAAGGAGGCCACGGUGAUGUGCGAGCAGUGCGACGUCUUCUACUGCGACCCGUGCCGCCUGCGGUGCCAUCCUCCCCGCGGUCCCCUCGCCAAGCACCGCCUGGUGCCGCCGGCGCAGGGGCGCAUCAGUCGCCGCACGAGUCCCCGCAAAAUCUCCACUUGCACAGAGCACGAACUGGAGAACCUGAGCAUGUACUGUGUGCAGUGUAAGACGCCGGUGUGUUAUCAGUGUCUGGAGGAAGGAAAACACGGGACACACGAGGUCAAAGCUCUGGGCGCAAUGUGGAAACUGCACAAGGGUCAGCUGUCCCAGGCCCUCAACGGCCUGUCAGACCGAGCCACUGAGGCCAAGGAGUUCCUGGUCCAGCUGAGAAACAUGGUCCAGCACAUCCAGGAGAACGGCGUGGAGUUCGAGGCGUGUUUGGUGGCCCAGUGCGACGCCCUCAUCGACGCGCUGAACCGGCGCAAGGCCCAGCUGCUGUCCCAAGUAAACAAAGAGCACGAGCACAAGCUAAAAGUGGUUCGAGAUCAGAUCUCCCACUGCACGGUGAAGCUGCGUCAGACCACGGGGCUGAUGGAAUACUGUCUGGAGGUCAUCAAGGAGAACGACCCCAGCGGCUUUCUCCAGAUCUCCGACGCUUUGAUCCGGAGGGUCCACAUGACGGAGGGCCAGUGGGGGAAGGGGACCCUCACCCCGAGGAUGACCAGCGACUUCGACCUCACCCUGGACAGCGGGCCCCUCCUGCAGACCAUCCACCAGCUGGACUUUGUCCAGAUGAAAGUCCCAGCUGCCCCGAUGCUCCAGCUGGAGGAGUGCUGCACUCAGAACAACAGUGCGACGUUGUCAUGGAAACAGCCACCGCUCUCCACCAUCGCCGUGGAAGGAUACAUCCUGGAGCUGGACGACGGAAACGGGGGACCGUUCAGGGAAGUAUACGUGGGGACGGAGACCAUCUGCACAGUGGACGGGCUUCACUUUAACAGCACGUACAAGUCCAGGGUGAAGGCCUUCAACGCCAGCGGAGUGGGCCAGUACAGCAAGACGCUGAUCAUGCAGACGUCUGAGACUGGACUCCCUCCAUGCGAUAUUCAGUCUAUAGGCUCAGUUGCUUGGUUCACCUUUGACCCGGCCUCCGCUCACCCGGACAUCAUCUUCUCCAACGACAACCUGACGGUGACGUGCAACAGCUACGAUGACAGGGUGGUCAUGGGGAACUCGUCCUUCUCCCGCGGCGUGCAUUACUGGGAGAUGACCGUCGACCGCUACGACAACCACCCCGACCCGGCGUUUGGCAUCGCCCGGGGUGACGUCAUGAAGGAGGUGAUGCUGGGGAAGGACGACAAGGCCUGGGCCAUGUACGUGGACAACAACAGGUCCUGGUUCAUGCACAACAACUCGCACACUAACAGGCGCAGGACGGACGGCGGCAUCAGUAAAGGAGCCACGAUCGGAGUGCUGCUUGACUUCACGCGCAGGAUCGUCAUCUUCCUCAUCAACGAUGAGCAGCAGGGUCCCGUCGCGUUCGAAGGGCUGGAGGGCGUCUAUUACCCUGCUAUCAGCCUCAACCGAAAUGUCCAGGUCACGCUGCACACUGGACUACCCAUCCCUGAUUUCUACACACCCGGGGAGGCCGACGCGACCGGCUCUGUGUGCUAAAGGCACAACACCCAGUUUGGCUAAAAACCUCUCUCUUUAUCCUUUAUCCUGCCGGUCCAAAAACUAUGAUCCCAGCCUCUUCUUCUCCUCUUGUCCCCCUGACCGGCUGACCCCUGACUCUCUGUAUCAGGCCCCAUCUAGCGCUAAGCCAUGCCUUUAUCAUGCCUAAACCUCAGACACGUGGACCACCUGCAGAAUACUAAAGUCUAAAAGGAUGAUGUUUAUGAUGGCGAUAGCACUCGUACCAUGAUCGUUAGCUGAUGGCUAAUGGAUCUGGAACUGAUCUUGAAUGUUAUUGUACAUUGAUUUUAAUAUGUGUUUAAAUAUGUUACUCA